AUGUCUGCACACAAUAACUCCACACUUAAUGACCAGGAGAUCAACUAUGCGCAAUGGCUCAUUUUUGGACCCCUCUCAUGUCCUGUUGCCAUAUUGGGAUUCAUCGGAAACUAUCUCACUCUUCAGACCUUAUACCAACCUCAGCUUUCGGGCAUUAAUUCCAGCGUCUUCCUUAAGUUUCUCACCACUGCAGAUGCAGCUACGAUUUUCUUCUACUUCAUCAGCUUUAUUAUUCCCGUGUUAGCUUCAAAGGGUGUGGUAAAUUGGAUGGAUAAUUCAGGUUAUUAUCAUGCUAUCUAUCCUCUCGCUUUGAUCGCUCAAACCUGUGCUGUGUACACAGUUGUACUCUUCUCUAUCGUUCGCUACGUAAGUAUUUGUCAUCCAUUCGGUUUGCAUGCUUUUAGAACUCGCAGAGUAACUCGAUUGAUGGUGAGUUGCAUUUUUGCAUUUGCAGUGAUUUGCAAUCUUCCACGCGUGUUCGAACACAUUCCCAUUAAUUUGCGAGUUUUCAACGCCACCUGCAAUUGUACAGAAGUGCGUAUUACUAGGUUAGGAGAGCAGCAAUUGUACAUCUCAAUCUACACAUCAUAUGGCUACACGUUUGGCAUUUUUGUGAUUCCUGUGAGCAUUGUGGCCGUUUUAAAUGCUCGUCUUGGCUUUCUAUUGCAUCGUGUGCGUCGUGAAUUUGCAGAGAAGAGGGACAAAAUACCGCAGCGUAUACCUAUGAAAGGCAAUUUAGGCGGGAGUAAUAAUCCUGCUCUGGAAUCAGACAUUCACACAGACCAACUGGAGGAGACGCAUCACUUUCGAAGCCACAUCCCGGGUGGUAUAGAAGCAUCGCAUAACACCCAAAUCAUUCAUGCAAGAGCACGAGUAACUGGACGAUUGUUUUGUCUCGUCUCCGUUUUUAUUGCUUUCCAAUCUCUGCCAAUGGUUGACAACUUGAUGCAAGCAUUCAUGAGUGACCUGGUGAAAGCAGCAUUUCCUAAUUACAGUGUCUUCUACGCGAUCUGCCAAUUCUCCGUAAUGCUGAACUCUUCUCUCAAUACUGUUCUUUACUGUUUCUUGGGACAACGGUUUCGAACUACCUUUUUGAAGAUGAUUUACAGAUGGCUGGACGGCUUUUGUGCAUUCUUCGCCCUCCUGAGCUGUCGGACCUGCCCGUUAAACAGGUAG